AUGUCUCCUCUCACUAACAGACUAGAUUCCACUGUUUUCAUGUCUGGGUUUAGAAAUGCAGCAAGUUCAGCACAGGCUGAAGAUCCAAUGCUCUUGGAUCUAAGGAAGCUCCUAGGCGGCCACAUGGCAACAAUGUACAUCGCAUUUGCCUCCCUCUUCUUCAUUCUGGUUUCCAUCACCACCUUUUGCCUCGAGACCCAUGAGAGAUUUAAUCCUAUCGUUAACAAGACAGAGAAGGAAAUUGUUGGCAAUGACACCCAGGUGCGGGUCUAUCAGGAGACUGAGACGGAGGCUUUCCUAACCUACAUUGAAGGGGUCUGCGUGAUUUGGUUUACUUUUGAGUUUCUGAUGAGGAUCAUUUUCUGCCCCAACAAGAUGGAAUUUAUCAAAAAUACCUUGAAUAUCAUUGACUUUGUGGCCAUUCUCCCUUUUUACCUGGAGGUUGGACUCAGUGGCCUGUCUUCCAAAGCCGCUAAGGACGUCUUGGGCUUCUUGCGGGUGGUCCGGUUUGUGCGAAUUCUGCGAAUUUUCAAGCUGACCCGCCAUUUCGUAGGACUGCGGGUUUUGGGUCAUACUCUCCGCGCCAGCACAAAUGAAUUCUUGCUGCUCAUCAUCUUCUUGGCACUGGGCGUCUUAAUCUUUGCCACGAUGAUCUACUACGCUGAGAGAAUAGGUGCUAAACCCAAUGACCCUAGUGCCAGUAAACACACACAUUUUAAAAAUAUUCCCAUUGGCUUCUGGUGGGCUGUUGUCACCAUGACUACCCUGGGCUACGGAGACAUGUAUCCUCAGACUUGGUCAGGCAUGCUGGUGGGGGCCCUCUGUGCUCUCGCAGGCGUGCUGACCAUUGCCAUGCCUGUACCCGUCAUUGUGAACAAUUUUGGAAUGUAUUACUCCUUAGCUAUGGCUAAGCAGAAGCUACCAAAGAAAAAAAAGAAGCAUAUCCCGCGGCCGCCCCAGCUGGGAUCCCCCAAUUAUUGUAAAUCUGUCAUAAACUCUCCACACCACAGUACUCAGAGCGACACAUGCCCACUCGCCCAAGAAGAAAUGUUAGAAAUUAACAGAGCAGAUUCGAAACUGAAUGGGGAGGUGGCCAAGGCAGCGCUGGCAAAUGAAGACUGUCCCCACAUAGACCAGGCUAUGUCGCCUGAGGAAGCUCUGCCAUUUACCCGUUCUGGCACUCGGGAGAGAUAUGGACCUUGCUUCCUCUUAUCAACCGGGGAAUAUCCCUGCCCGCCUGAUGGAGGAAUAAGAAAGGAUCUUUGCAAAGAAAGUCCUGUCAUUGCUAAAUAUAUGCCAACAGAGGCAGUCAAAGUGACUUGA